CUCAACUCCAUUGGUGCUUGCGGCGCCAGACAGGUGUCCUGCCACGCGCGGGUACUUUGUGUUGUGGCAUUGUGUCAUGUAAUAAACAGGCUCGACAACCGAUGAAGACAAUAUGACAGUCGUUUGGGCGAUCGUAGUGGCGCUAAGUAGUGGCCGCCUUUGAAAUAGCCUUGACUUUUAAGCGUCUAGUGAAUAACUGUGGAUUUUUAAGAGGACACGGCUCUUACAUACAAGCAAUUCAAGUGAGCUUCGUAACUGGACUUCGACUGAAAUGGCUGAGGUUCUUGCUUAAAUGUUGCCGAUGGAUUUUCUACGGUGAGAGUGAGGUGACAAAAACCUGAGUAACUGGACUGAUUUACGUCAUGCAUUGAUGGAAUUUUCGGUAACGAGUUUUUGAUGUCUACGAGUCACUAAUCAGUGUUCUCUACGACGUGAGUGUAGCGUUCCGUAACUUGUUGAGAUUUCAUUGUACGAUGAAGCAUUUUACACCUUUGAUGACGCACGGAUGUCUUAAAAGUCCAUUUUGCGUAUUUUCGAAGCUGUGGUUUCCGCAAAGAUUGUAAUUAAAGAGAUUUUGUUCUUGUUGAUGACACGAGAAAUACAGCUGAAGAGCUGUCAAUUCGAACAUUUUUGUUGGGUGUCUUCCCUCUUAAACCGCGGAGAUCGAGAAACAACGUCAUUCUGAAUCCAUUUCGAACAACGUGAUCUGGUUGAUUGUCGAUCAAAUCAAGCACAGCCUUUGCGCCAGCAAUGGAACACCCAUUGCCAAUUGGAUCACUCUGCUCUUCUGCAUCGUGAAUCACUUAGUAGAGCUGACCUUGGCGUUCUUCCCCAACACUUCAUAAUAAGUGCCCGUGUCGUGAACUCCCCCUACAGUAGUUUCAUCCGUGCAGAGCAGCUCCACAAACCUCAUUAUUUAGUCACAACGGCAACUGUCAAUGGUCCUGAAAAGUCUUAUUCCUUUUCACGCGCGUUGCUGCAACUGGAGCAGAAAGCAACUGUUAACAUCGCCGCGAAUGUGAAUUGGGUUUUCAGUCCCUAUCUGACUCGGUGGCUUUCCCCUGGAGUAUCCCUCGGGGAUUUGCCUCCCACCUCUUUAAACUGAGCAAUUCCUCAUCGUCUUCUCUCUCCCUCUGGGUUUCUUCAGGCUUUCGAGCUGCAUUGCCCAUGCACUUGUGAGGAAUCUUUGGUUUUAUCACCAGAAAGAAAUAUAAUUAGACUAGCACUCGUAAAUCUAACAAAAUGUGUGACGACAGCGUGUUGGUGCUCGAGAGCGAGCUCAACACCCCGGCCAAGAACUGCUACCGCCUGGUGGUGCUCGGUUCCUCCAAGGUGGGCAAGACGUCCAUCCUCAAACGGUUCCUGAACGGUCAGUUCGAGGAGCAGUACACGCCUACCAUCGAGGACUUCCACCGGAAGAUUUACAAGAUCAAGGGCGAGGUGUACCGGCUGGACAUCUUGGACACCUCGGGGAAUAACCCUUUUCCGGCCAUGAGCAGGUUGUCGAUCUUGACAGAGCAGCGUCUGCUUCGCGCUCAACCGCUCUUGCGGGUUGAUUGCAGCAUCAAGUCGCGCACGCAGGCAGUAAAAAGCACAACCUCUCUCCGCAAGAACGAUCCCGCGAUUGCAUCGAAGGCCAAGGUCCCCGCACGCCGAGAGAUCUGA